CAACACUGGUCACAUGACCUGCUCUCCUACAGACUGCAUGCAGUUUGCUAUUAAAAUGUUUUCACUCACCAUUCCGCGCUUCUCCAUCUGACAUGACCGACCCACACUAAGCCGGUUGGACGAUCACAGACGCCGCACUGACCAGCAGAUUCGACGCAGUUCGCAUCAGCCCUCGCCGCGGCUGGUUUUCGUCAGGUUGCGCCCAGAAAGGAGCAGAGUUGCUGUGGGCAGAACCUACUAGCUCGGUCGGACUGACGAGGCCCCAACCGCGCCGCGACACCGGGGAACCAUGGCCAACAUCGCAGUGCAGAGGAUAAAACGGGAAUUCAAGGAGGUGUUGAAAAGUGAAGAGACGAGCAGAAACCAGAUCAAAGUUGACCUAGUGGAUGAGAACUUUACAGAACUCAAAGGGGAGAUAGCAGGACCUCCUGACACGCCAUAUGAAGGGGGUAGAUAUCAACUAGAAAUUAAAAUUCCAGAAACAUAUCCUUUCAAUCCACCCAAGGUGCGUUUCAUCACGAAGAUCUGGCACCCCAACAUCAGUUCAGUCACAGGAGCGAUUUGUCUGGACAUUCUUAAAGACCAGUGGGCAGCCGCAAUGACGCUGAGGACGGUCCUCCUGUCACUACAAGCCUUGUUGGCAGCCGCAGAACCCGAUGAUCCUCAAGAUGCCGUGGUAGCCAAUCAGUACAAGCAUUACCCAGAGAUGUUCAAACAAACGGCACGGCUCUGGUCGCACGUCUAUGCAGGCGCUCCCGUCUCCUGUCCAGAGUACACACACAAAAUAGAAAAACUCUGUGCCAUGGGCUUUGAAAAAAAUGCAGUAAUAGUGGCGUUGUCAUCGAAAUCCUGGGACGAGGAGACGGCAACAGAGCUGCUGCUCAGUAACUGAAGAUUCAUCCUUCUUCAUCACACACAUCUCUCCAAGUUCCCGCUGUCUCUCAGAGUGUUCUCCCAUUACUGUUUGAGUGGAAACCACCUUCACUCCCUGUCGUUCUGAAUCCACAUUCCUCUGCUCUGUGUGACAUCUCUUCCUGUCCCUCAUCCUCAUUACUGGUUCCACACUCCAAUCAGUGGCUCUAGAAGCUUUCAGCACUGUAUUUUGUUUCCUUAUUCAGCAUUUUACUAUGUGGUACAAUCAGAGGUCCACCCACUUCCUGAUGAAGUGAAACUACGACUUAAAGUCUCAAAGAAACGGCUAUAUAUGGCUCUCCCUUGCCUAUGCAGUGCAUUUUCUUUUUUUGUUUUCUACAUGAGCAUGAAGCCACUGGAGCGUUGUGUCUGCAUCAUGAGGCGAUCCGCUUGGCUCCAUGCGAAUUGGUGCCGUGCGUUUCUCAACCUGAACGAUGAUUGAUGCCAACAAAACCUUAUUUUAAAGUUGUUUUUUAAGCCCAUUCUAUAGAAAUUGACUUUUUUUUUUUUGGUUUAAGUGCAAGCCAAUAAACAUGUUUUAACAGCUUAUUCAGCGAUGCAAAAAGAAUAAAGUUUCCUCAUGCCAACCGAUAAUGUCAAACGAUUCAUCUGUAAAUAAAGAUAUUGAAGUCUGUGUAAAGACCUCCCGGCGUCAUUUUCUUCCCACAGCUCUACUGUGAUGAAUCAUAAAAAAGACGGGAAGAUCUGCCUUGACAUGCUGAAAAGUCUGUCGUUCCUGUGACGCUUGUUAGAGUGAGAGUGGAAACGUUUGCCACAUUCCUCAAUAGUUGCUGAACAGGGUUGAACAGAGCGUGAUGUUAUUUGUUACCUGCCUGGUGGAGUUUCUGUAUGCUGUCU